AAGAUACGGGUGUGGAACCAUGAACAGACACUUCCCCAUCCUAUAAUGGCCCAGAUAACCAUGUUUGGCUUUAGCUGGAGUGAUUAAUGGCGGGAGGGUUUGUGUGCAUGAGACUCAAGAAAACAUACGGACGAUAAUUUCCUGUAUCACUGAAAUGUUUAUCAUCCUGUAAACCCCUCUGUGUUCCUGCAACAGCCACUGAGUCAAUUGUGUACAACAUAAAUAUCAUUGGAAGUUCCAUACAUACCACACAUACAUUGUACAUAUAAGAACUGUGUACGUUGUGUGUAUUGGUGUGAAAUAUUAAACUGUGAUAAGAUUUUAUGGCUGUGCGAAGUAAAUCCACACUCCAUGAAUUACCACACACUCACUAAGUCAUUCCUUCUUGACAAAUGAGAAUAAAUGGUCCCUGUGUUUAUAUUAAACUGAGCUGAAUUCAUGUCUUCACCUCCUGUUUAACAGCUCUUGAGAAUCUACUGUACUUUUGUAUUGUUUCAAACAAACCAAAUGUUUAUCCGACUUAAAUUUGCCUGUGGGCCUUCAAGCGUCCUUCAUAUUAGGUGCCGUUUUGUCAACAUAGGCUCCUGUAAACAACACCACAGAUCCUGAAACUGGCAAUCCAAGUCACCAUCACAGUGAGUAAUGCGCUGCUGACUGGACAGUUUCACUGUGGUUGAUGAAAAUGAGCUCAGUUUCAUAAUGAAACUGUUUCGUUUGAACGUUUGUCACCAUAAUAAUCGAUUUUAACGUUAUAACUUUAUGGCUUUAUGGCCUGGUUAAUGGUUGAUCAUCAAAACUCAAAGUCCAAACUCUCAACUGAAAGCUACUUGUGCCAUAUUCUCUCUCUCUCUUGUUCUUUUCCUCUCCGCUCUCUCUCGCCAUCUGCUGGAGGACACUUGACAUGACAGCAAUUAUCAAAUGAAUGCAGAUGUACAGACACCAAAAAUCAUUUGAAAUCUCAUUAUCUGUUCCAUUAGUUGAAAUAUUUUUUAAACUGUAAUAUGUCUAUCUCUACUGUUUGCAUUUCAAUAACAAUUGUCAUAGAGGUUUCAUAGGCAAUGCCUUCUUCACUAGAGCAGACAGACAUGUAAGCCAUGCCUCAUUCAUCAGAUCUGAUGACAAAGACCACACAUUCUCUACUAACAUUGAGCUUUGACUGACAGCACAGAAACCACGCCUCCUUAAGUAAGACUGACAGCUUUGACUUACAAGACAGAAGCCACUCCCACUUUAGUAGGACUGACAGCACAGAGGCUACGCCUCCACCACUGAUACUAAUCUGUCACUGACAGCACAAAUGUCUUUUUCAUUAAGAAUGGCAGCACCCAGACCACACCUACAUUAUCGAAAGUAAUUGUACUGAGGCCACACCUCCUUCAAUAAGACUGACAGGUACAUAGACCACGCCCCCUUCAGUAAAAUUGAUAUACAUGUAGGCCACACCUCCUUCACUCAUACUGAAACAUUAUAAUACACUAUAACAACAGCAAUACAACAAGCACAGAGGCCACACCUCCUUCAUUAAGACUCAUUUUGCAGAGUCCACACCUUUUAUACUUCCUCUGGCACCUCAAAUACCUUUUAUUUUAGAAAGUAACAUUUAUAAAAAGUCCUGUAAGGUUUACAGCUUUCAGCUCUACCAUGUUCAUGUCUUCCCUCAGUCCUAAUCGCACUGCAUCAGACAAAAAAACGCAAGUUCAUGAUUUUACACGCCAUCAUUAAAAAGUGGGCGGAGCUUAUAAAACAGGUUUGGCAGGUCAGCAGCAUAAUGACUUCACCUUCAUAUUCUACAUACACACACUCAUACACACAACACAUCAAGAUAUUUCUUCAGUUCUCACACACAGAUACAAACUUCAUCUGUCACAAAGCCCUUUUGGAGAAAGGACACACACACACACACACACACACACACACACACACACACACACACACACACACACACACACACAAAUAUAUGCUGGAUGUGCUGGAUUUAUGGUGGAACUUCUUGGGAUUUAAGUGUGAACUUGGCAGGAGGUCGCUGGAGGCUGUCGAGAGGUUUUGGAGGAUAUGUGCCAGAUGAGGAACUUGCUCAAGACUGUGACCUCGGCGUACCUCAUCUUCAGUCUCAGCCAUGCUGCUCUGCUGCCUGCAUCACUGAACAUCUGGAUACAGUCGGAGAACAUGAGGCACAUCCUGAAAUGGAGCUCCCUGCAGGAGACCUGCCCCUUCGUCAACUACACUGUGAAGUAUCAGGGUGAGUUUGAACACAUGCAGAACACUUGGCUGGAUGCACACUCGUGCAAUGAGAUCGUUCACACCGAGUGCGACCUGACCCUCGACCUGAGCUCCGACUCCGAUUAUAACAUCCGUGUGCUAGCGCGAUGUGGCGACUCGACGCUGUGGACUCAGCUCUCGGAAACCUUCAACCGCAGAGACACUGUCCUGCUAGCUCCAGACAUGAGCGUGAACUUAAAUAGGGGCAGAAUUGAAGGUUACUUCAGCGAGCUUCCAAAUCAUAUUAACGUAAACGUUAGAAUUUGGAAGAAAGGGGACGAGAAGAAUGCCUUUGUUAAGGAGAUAACAGAUCAAAAGUUUCAUCAUGAUGUCCAGCAGGGAGAUGAAGGAAUAUACUGUGUAAGCGCAGAGGUUACACUGGACAUCACCAACAGGUCCAACAGCACACGUGAACAUUGCAUCCCUGUCUGGGAUCUGAGACCCUCAUGGCCCAUAUUCCUCGCUGUGGGCAUCGUUGUGGCAUUAACCCUCGCUGUGGCUUUGAUUUUGGGUUUGAUAACGCCACGCUGUAGCCUGUGGCUCCGGAGGUUCGUGCAUAAAAAAGAGCCAUUGCCUAAUGCACUUCUCGGCUGGACAAAAAGCACCCCGAUACUUUCCUCUAAGAUCCUGCUGGAGCUGACACACUCUGUUUUACUGCUGGACCCAUCAAAAGAGCAGGACAGAAUGUCUGAGACGACGGCAAGUGUGAACCUGUUUAAUGUGAAAACGAAUGAAGAAGCUAGCAGUUCAACUUUACUCAAGCCAUGAUGCUAGUUAGAAGUAUCUAAAUCAAUCCAUUUCACUGAUUCAGUCUGUGAAUUAAUAUGUAUUUAUUGCUCCAUCUGAUGAUGUCACUGAGGAACUCAUUGUGGUUUGAGGUUCGAGAUUUUCUGAGGGCUUCUAAAUGGUGAGAAAGAAACGUGUUCAGCGCAAAUCCAGAGGAUUUCAUCGUUCAUCAGGGGCAAAAGAGCAAAAAUUGCCCGAACUCUCUAAGUGGGAGGAGCAUGCUUUCUCUCCCCUGUCAAUCACAGUGACACUAGCCAAUCAUGGAGAUGUCUAUGAACUCUUGUAUGCAGAAGAGGGAUGAUAGUGCUUAUUUUGGAUUGUGUUAUUCUGUCCUGUGAAGAAAGAUGGCUGAUGGAAAAGAAUCAGAAGAAUGAUAUAAUUUAUUUAUAGCAUCAUAUAUAUAUAUAUUUACAUUUUUAUUUUAUCCUUGUCCAAAACAUUAAAAUGUUGU